AUGGGCGUGAUCACCCACCUGCAGGGCUCAGUUAAGGGUAUACCCAAUCGCUACAUCGUUCUUGUCACUGUAUUUUUGUCUUCAGUGUCCAACGAGGUUGCGUACGAAGCACCGGCGGCGCCUAUCAUCCGGAGGGCCAACGCCACAUUUAUAAUUCUUUGUCGCAACUCAGAAAUAGAGGGAGUCAUCCAGAGUGUCAGAGAGGUCGAAGAUCGAUUCAACAGGGAUUUUAAUUACCCAUACGUAUUUCUGAACGAUGAACCCUUUACUGACGAAUUCAAAACGCGCAUAUCCGUCAUAUCACCCUCCGUGAUGGAGUUUGGCGUUAUCCCCCACGAUGACUGGCUCCAACCUUCAUGGAUUGACGAAGAGAAGGCCUCAGCUGCCAGGAAACAAAUGGAGCUAGACAACGUCAUAUAUGGAGGCAGUGUCUCUUACCGCAAUAUGUGUCGGUUUAAUUCCGGUUUCUUCUUCAGGCACCCUCUUGUACAGAAAUACAGAUAUUACUGGCGUGUCGAACCUCACGUUCAUUUUCCCUGUAACGUCCCAUUAGAUCCGUUCUUAUAUAUGCAAGACCAUAACAAAACAUAUGGUUUCACCAUCACCUUGUAUGAAUUUGAAUCUACUAUCCGAACUCUCUGGCAGACUGUACAGGAAUAUGUGUCACUGUACCCAGAGCAUAUACAUCCGGACAACGCGAUGGGAUUUAUCUCCGCAGAUGAGGGCGCCCACUAUAAUCUGUGCCAUUUCUGGAGCAACUUUGAGAUCGCAGAUAUGGACUUUUGGAGGUCAGACGCGUACAUGACGUUCUUUGAGUUUCUCGAUUCCAAGGGAGGCUUCUAUUAUGAGCGCUGGGGAGAUGCCCCUGUACAUUCCAUAGCAGCAUCACUAUUUUUACCACAGAACGCCAUUCAUUUCUUCGACGAGAUCGGGUACCAACACAUUCCAUUCAGUCACUGCACGGAGAACGCGGAGCGGUGGAAAAAUGGUCGAUGUUCAUGUGAUCCAAAAGAGAGCUUCGAUUAUAAUGGUUACUCGUGCCUACGACAGUGGGAAGCAGUUGCUGGUCAUCGCUAAACAUGUAUUUAACUAGUAGAUAAUUUGGAGCUGGC